AUGAAUACAUCUUCAUACCACCUACACAAGGGUCAGAUAAAGCCUCAAGUCUAUGCUGAGAUGCCGCACAGUGCGUUGUGGCGUUCGGGACAGUGCAUCUCCCAGAAGAAAGAGCUUCUUGCUGACCACUCAUUGGUACCAGAGAUCGUGAUCCAGAUGGACAGAGCAACGAAACGUAUGGAGCCAUGGAAGAUAGCAGUCAUCACUGUGUCGGUGAUAGUAGGCGUAGCCCUUGUCGUUGGCUUGAUUACAUAUUUUUUGUGCCAUGAUCAGGACCGAUAUUACAAUGCAUCUUUCCUAAUCACCAAUGUCAAGUAUGAUCCUCAAUAUGAAAGGCAAACUACAGAAGAGUUCAGGCACCUGAGCCAAGAGAUUGAAACCAUGAUAUCUACAGUAUUCAAGGGGUCCUUUCUAAGUAAAAGGUACAUCAGGUCCCAUGUUGUUAGUCUAAGCCCAGAACCUGGUGGAGUGCUGGCAAAUGUUGUUUUGGUAUUUAAAUUUGCCUCGGCUGACAGUAAGGAAACAAGCUGGAGUCACGUCAACCGUGUGUUACAUGGAAGGCUGCAAACAAGCUCCACAUUCUUGAAUGUUGACCAGUCUACCAUUAGUCUUACAGAGUUGAAUAAGGAAAAGGGAGAUAACCUUUUAAACAACUGCUGUGGAAUACGAAGACAGACAUUCUCCUUCGCAGGAGUGGAGAGAAUAAUUGGUGGGCAGCGUGCGCAGGAUGGGGAAUGGCCGUGGCAGGCUAGUAUUCAGUUUAAUGGGGUCCAUCGCUGUGGUGCGUCCGUGAUCAGUAAUACGUGGCUGGUGACUGCAGCCCACUGCUUUAGAGGACGAAGAGAUCCUCGGAGGUGGACUGCCAGCUUUGGAAUUCUGCUGAGACCUCCAAAACAGAAAAAACUCAUCCGAAGAGUUAUCAUUCAUGAAAGAUACAGCGACUUUGUCCUUGAUCAUGAAUAUGACAUAGCUCUUGUGGAACUUGCCUCUGCUAUUGAGUUCACGAGUGAUGUGCACAGUGUCUGUCUUCCUGAAGCAUCUCACAUUUUCCCAGAGAACACUUCCUGUUUUGUCACAGGUUGGGGAGCUUUGAAGAAUGAUGGCCGCAGUGUUAAUGAGCUUCGACAAGCAGAAGUGAAACUUAUAAGCACUGCAACUUGUAAUAGAAGACAAGUAUAUGGUGGAGCGAUAACACCUGGAAUGUUGUGUGCUGGAUAUCUGGAGGGGAAGGUGGAUGCCUGCCAGGGUGAUUCUGGUGGGCCACUGGUGCAUGCGAACUCCAGAGGAAUCUGGUAUCUUGUGGGAAUAGUGAGCUGGGGAGAUGAAUGUGGCAAGGAAAAUAAACCAGGAGUGUAUACGCGAGUGACUUACUAUCGAAACUGGAUCAACUCCAAAACAGGCAUCUGAAACCCUUCUGAGGGUUAAGUUUUGUGGGCUGUGUACGGCUAUUUCUCUGACACGUUCUGCUCUGUGGUUACCCUCUAAACAGUGACUGGCUUAGCUUGCGGUCAUGUAUCAGGUGCCAGCAAGCUUGGAGUAGUCUAGGACUUGAAAUUGGUUUGGCCUAUAGCCAGACAGGAACAGACUUGGUCCACGUGACAGCUGUUUGUUCAGGAAGUACUCUGUCAAAGGGACAACUGCCUUGGUCUCCAUGCAAU